AACUAAUUGACAUUGUGACAUUAAGCAAUUUUGCUUAACCCGUUAAAGGAUAUGAACACUUAAGCGAGCACCGGAUAUAUUGAUCUGUUGAAAAAUACAUGCAUUAAUUUAGAGAUCGUUUUAUAUAAAAAAAAGGAAGAUAAUUGAUUAAAAUAACGUUACGGAAAUUUGUUGUGGUUUUAAAUGAUACUGGAAAACAUAAAACUAAGUGUUGACGAUAUUUCAUUUUGAAUUACAUAAAUAUUAUCUAGGAUUUUCUUGUAAGACAGAAAAGAUUUUUCAGCUAUCGAUGGAAUGGACGUCAUAUAUAAUUGGCACCGCUGCUGUGCUAGGAACUGUGGUAUAUUUGAGGAAAAAGAAAGGGAAGGACACUAAUAGAGAAUGUGGGAAAGAUUAUCCCAAAGACACGGUGAUUCUGCACCAGUUUCCACGGGGACCAUUUGCUCCCAGUAUGUCGGGAUUCUGUGUUAAACUUGAAACAUUUCUAAGAAUGGCUAAAAUACCAUACCAGAAUGUUCAUGCUUAUAAAACUGGUCCUAAGGGGAAAUCACCCUGGAUAGAAUAUAACGGUGUUGUGUUAGGAGAUUCUCAGCUCAUUAUGUCCUAUCUGAGCGAGCAGUUAGAGAUAAAUCUCAACAUGUCAUUGUCCAAAGAACAGAGAGCGACAGCAAGAGCGUUUCAGAAAAUGGUGGACGAGUACAUGUACUGGUCGGUGUUACUGGAGAGAUGGGUGUACCACAGAGGGGAGACUUCGAAGACGUUGACGAAGUUGCCGUCUUUAUUUGUCUGGGAGAUCGGCAGAAGAACAAAAAAUAUGACGCAUGCGCAGGGAAUCGGGAGACACUCGCCGGAGGAAGUAGAUCGCAUUUUAGAAGAUGAUUUAACCGCUUUAGCUGAUUUUCUUGGAGAGAAGAAGUUUAUGUUUGGUGACGAACCUACGGAGGUUGACUGCGCUGUGUUUGGACAAGUAUCGCAAGUUAAAUACCAUGUACCCGAGACUGUGAAAGCCAGGAAAUAUUUAGAAGAGGCGCUUCCAAACUUAAACGCAUACAUGGACAGAAUGAAAGAAACGUUUUGGCCUGACUGGGAGGAAUGUACAACCAAAGGAUUCACUACAGAAGCAACAAAAUGAGGCUUUUGAUGAUGUUAUAAUUUAUUAGAAUCACAAAACGACUUAUUCAGGCAGUGUAAUGCCUACUCCGUAUUUAGUGUAAGAAUGUACGUGAAUAUUUUGAGUGACACACGUGCUGUGCGUUUCUUACAGACUCUCUAUUUGACAGAAGUGAAUGUGAAAAAAAUUACGAUGGUAACAACUAAAACACGUGAUUAUUCGUACAAGCGUUUUAAACUAUUUUGAUAAACGUAUACAACAAGCAUAGCUACUUAAGAAAGAACAACAAGUAUUUGACAUUGACCUUUUGAUAAAACAUAAAAUUAAACUUAAAACCUACUUGAAGCAAGUUAGAAUCUUCAGACUAUUUGCACAAUAAUUACGGUAACUAUGGAGUUUCAAAUAAUACAAAAUUUCAAAUAUUGAAUAGCAAAUACUAAUCGUUAGGUGCAAAAUGCGGAAUAAUGAAUACCAAAUGCUUAUUUUUUAUUGUUUAUUAAACUUUAUUUAAAUAAAGAGCGCAAAAUACUAUAA